AAGCCUCUGCUCCUCUAAGAGACCAGAACCACCACCAUGCUGCACGCCUGCAUCAUCCUCGCCAUGACCACCAGCGCUCUUGCUGGUCACGUUGGCCACCUUGCUGGAGGCUACACCCUCCCCAAUAACCUCGGUUAUGGCCUUGGCUAUGGUAGCCUUGGUUAUGCCGGUCUUGGAUACGGUGGUCUUGGUCUCUCACACUACGGGCUUUCCCAUGGCGUUGGAUAUUCCGGUCUUACUGGCUACGGUGCCGGCUACGGAUACGGCUACACGCCAGCCGCCAGCUAUGCUGUCGCUGCCCCAGCCGUCACCCGUACCGUCUCCACCUACCACGCCACUCCCGCUGUGACCGCUGUGCACGCUGCCCCAGCUGUUGCUGCUGUGCACGCUGCUCCAGCCGUUGCUGCUGUGCAAGCUGCUCCAGCCGUUGCUGCUGUGCAAGCCGCUCCAGCCGUGACCGCUGUCCACGCUGCCCCAACUGCCACCACUUAUGCCGGCUACGGAUACAGUUAUGCGCCAGCCGCAAGCUAUGCUGUCGCUGCCCCAGCCGUCACCCGCACUGUCUCCACCUACCAUGCCGCCCCAGCUGUGACCGCUGUGCACGCCGCACCAGCCGUAGCUGCUGUGCAAGCUGCUCCAGCCGUGACUGCUGUCCACGCUGCCCCAACUGUAGCCACUUAUGCCUCGGCACCAGCUGUCAACUACGCUGCCGCCCCAGCUGUAACCAGGGUUGUCCAGCAGUCCGCUCAGGUUGUUGCUGCUGCCCCAGCUGUCGCCACCUAUGCUGCUACCCCAGCUGUGACCACUGUCCACGCUGCUCCUGCUGUAACUACCGUUCACGCUGCGCCAGCUCUUGCUGCCGUCCAUGCGGCCCCAGCUGUGGCUGCUGUCCACGCUGCUCCCGCUGUCGCUACCUACGGUGUGGCCCACUCUGUUCCAGCCGUCGCUACCUACGAUGUGGCCCACUCUGUCCCACUCUACUAUGGUUACGGAGUCGGUUCUCUGGGCUAUGGUGCCGGUCACUAUGGUUAUGGCCACGGUCUCCUCGGCUACGGCCUGAACUACGGCUAUGGUCUUGGCUCUCCUCUGAGUUACGCCACCCUUCUGCGCAAAAAGAAGUAAAUGGCGCUCUUCUGAGCCCUUCCGCAGAACUCCUCGAUAGUGAACCAGACUUGAAGCCUGCACUGAAGUAUGUUGAAUAUGGGAUAAUAAAAGUCUUGCACAGUA